CUGUGGAACCGGUGCGGGACAUGGCGGGGCACCGCUUACCGGGCGUGUUACCGGGCUUGCUGGCCGUGCUGCUGGGGGCCGCCGCCGCUUUCAACCUGGACCGAACCUUCCCGGUGCUCAAGGAGGGCGCGACCCCCGGAGGCUUCUUCGGCUUCUCGGUAGCGUUGCACCGGCAAACGGAGCGGAGGGAGCGGAGCCUGCUGCUGGUGGGGGCCCCCCGAGACGUGGAGCCGCUGAGCAGCACCCGGCCGGGCGCGGUCUACGCCUGCCCCCUCAGCCCCUCCACCAGCGACUGCCAGCGCCUGGACAUCGAGCUGAAGAGUGAGCCGGACAAGGCCAUCAUCGAUGACAUGUGGCUGGGGGUGACGGUGGCCAGCCAGAGGCAGCCGGCUGGCAGGGUCCUGGCCUGCGCUCACCGCUACACCAGGGUGCUGUGGUCGGGCAGCGAGGACCAGCGGCGCAUGGUGGGCAGGUGCUACGUGCGGGGCAACGACCUGCGGCUCAACCUCAGCGACGAGUGGCAGACCUACCACAACGAGAUGUGCAACUCCAACACCGACAACGACGACACCGGCAUGUGCCAGAUGGGCACCAGCGCCGGCUUCACCCCCAACAUCAUCUACUUCGGCGCCCCCGGCGCUUACAACUGGCAAGGCACUGCCUACAUGCUGCAGAGGGAGAUGUGGGACCUGCACGACUUCUCCUACCCCAAGACCAAGAGUGGCAACACCUACAUAGGGUACACGGCGGAGGUGGGCAGCGCCGUGCUGCAGCGGGACACGGUGACGAUGGUGAGCGGCGCUCCUCGCUACAACCACACGGGCGCCGUCUACCUGCUGAGCCGCAGCCCCGAGCAGACCCUGCAGAGGAGCCUCCUCCUCCCCGGCCACCAAGUUGGGUCCUACUUCGGCAGCGCCGUGGCCCUGGCAGACCUCAACAACGACGGGUGGCAGGACCUGGUGGUGGGGGCCCCCUACUACUUCCAGCGGAAGCAGGAGGUUGGGGGUGCAGUCUAUGUCUACAUGAACGAGGUGGGGGGCUUCCAGCUGGAGCCCAGCCUGGUCCUCACCGGCCCCAGCUACUCUGCCUUCGGCUUUGCCGUGGCCAGCAUCGGGGACAUCAACCAGGAUGGCUUCCAGGACAUCGCCGUGGGGGCUCCUUUUGAGGGCCCUGGCAAGGUCUACAUCUACCACAGCAGCGCUGAAGGGCUGCAGGAGAAACCCCGGCAGGUGAUCAGUGGGGCAGAGCUGGGCCCUGCCAGCAUGAGGACCUUUGGCUACUCGCUGAGCGGGGGGCUGGACCUGGACGGCAACUCCUACCCUGACCUGCUGGUGGGCAGCUUGGCCGAGAGGGUUGUCCUGCUCAGGGCUCGUCCUGUGAUCAACAUCCUGGACAAGACCUUCACAGUGACCCCCAGCAAGGUGGACCCUGCCCGCUGCACUCCGGACUCCUGCGUCACGGUGACCUUCUGCUUCUCCUACGAGCAGAGCGCCGCGGACCCCAAGUACCAGGAGCAGAUCACCCUGGAGUACAUCCUGGAGGCCGACAGGGACAGGCACCCCCCCAGGGUCAGGUUCCUGGGCACACACUCAGCCACCUUCCGUGGCACCCUCACCAUGCCUGGCACCCGCUGCCAGGCCAAGGAGCUGCUGCUGCUGGACAACAUCCGGGACAAGCUGCAUCCCAUUGUGCUCUCCAUGAACUACUCCCUGCUGGAGAAGCCCAGGACCUUCCAGCUCGGGCCCCACUCCCUCGACUCCUUCCCCGUCCUCAACCAGGACCAGGCCCACGAGAACGAGACCAAGAUCGAGUUCCAGAAGGAGUGUGGCUCCGACAACAAAUGCUACAGCAACCUGCAGCUGCAGAGCGGCUUCGUCACCGACCAGAACCAGCCCCUGCCCAGGGUGAACGGGAGCCAGGUGCUGCAGUACAGCCGGGACACCAGGAAGCUCUUCCUCAGCAUCAACAUCACCAACGUCCCUAGCAGCCCUGCCAACGGGGAGGAUGCCCACGAGGCUCUGCUCAACGUCACCGUGCCAGCCAGCCUCCUGCCCUCCUCCGUGCGCCCGAGUGGAGCCUGUACCUUCGCAGAGACAGUGCUGUGCGAGCUGGGCAACCCUUUCAAGAGGAACCAGAGGGCAGAGCUGAUCAUCACCUUCGAGGCCAUCGGGAUCAUGCUGGACACUCGGGAGCUCGCCGUGUGGCUGGAGCUGUCCACGCAAAGCACCCAGGAGGACCUACAGCCUGUGCUGGUCAAGCUGCUGGUGGACUACAGCAUUCAGUCCUCACUGACCAUAGCCUCCUCCCACACCCAGUCACACUUCAGUGGGGCAGUGGUGGGCGAGUCAGCCAUGAGGAAGGAGCAGGAUGUGGGCAGCCCUCUCACCUUCGACUUCCAGGUGACCACCAAGGGCGAGUCACUGGGCAACCUGGGCACCAUCCUGCUGGGCUUUGAGUGGCCUUAUGAGAUCCCCAAUGGCAAGUGGCUGCUGUACCCCACCCAGAUCCUGGUCAAUGGCAACGAGAGCUGCCAGCCCCCCGGGGGGGUCAUCAACCCUCUCAACCUCACCCUGCUGGAGGAGCAGGAACCCUCCCGGCAGAGACGGGAGCUGGAGCCCCCCGAGGCAGGAGAGCCUCCCCUCACCCUGGCCACUGCCAAGAAAGCCAAGUCAGAGGUGGUGCUGAGCUGCUCCGAGGGCACCGCUCGCUGCAUCUGGUUCGAGUGCCCCCUGCUGCACACCCAGCACCCCACCAGCUUCAGCCUCCGUGCCCGUGUCUGGAACAGCACCUUCAUCGAGGAGUACCACGACUUCGACCGGGUGAAGGUGUGGGGCACGGCCACCCUCUUCCUCCGCAGCCACGUCCCCACCAUCAACAUGAGGAACCACACCGUGAGGUUCUCGGUGGACGUGGACUCGGAGCUGACGGAGGAGCAGCCGGCGGAGAUCGCGCUCUGGUUGGUGCUGGUGGCGGUGGUGGCCGGGCUGCUGCUGCUGGGGCUGAUCAUCCUCCUGCUCUGGAAGUGUGGCUUCUUCCGGAGAGCCAACACCAGGGCCAUGUACGAGGCCAAGGGGCAGAAGGCGGAGAUGAGGAUCCAGCCCUCGGAAACCAAGCGGCUGACGGACGACUACUGACCGGGGGGGGGGGGUCACACGCAGCGCUGCUGCCCCCCCCCCGGGGUGCCCGCACCCCCCGCUUGUGUGACUUCUUCCAGCGGAGCCGUUACUACCGGAUCAUGCCCAAGUACCACGCGGUGAGGAUCCGGCCGGAGCAGCGCUGCCAGCCCGGUGGCCUCCUGCCCCGCCGGCGCAAGAAG